AUGAAAAUCAUACACGAAGAAGCUAAAAUGUAUUACAAACGUUUUUUCAACAAACUGUCUGAUCACUCAAAUCCCCUGAUAUCCGGCUUAGCCACUCCCACAAUUCUUGGAAACCCUCCACAACGAUUAAAAAGAAACUGGUGUAGAGAUCUUCUAAAUGAAUAA